AUGCAUGGAUGUACAUACAAAACAUUCCAGGGUUGUAACCCACAAUCAUUUGCUGGUGCUGAAGGACCACUUGAUAUCACUAGAUGGAUCGAGAAGAUGGAAUAUGUUAUGGCAAUAAGCGGUUGUACUGCUGAUCAAAGGGUUAGGUAUGCUUCUUGUUCAUUUCUUGACGAAGCUUUAUCCUGGUGGAAUGCACAAGUUCAGAUAUUGGGGGAAGACGUUGCUUACGGUCUUACCUGGAACGAACUAAAAGAGAUGCUUCUGAAGGAAUACUGCCCGCGUAGUGAGAUACAGAAGAUUGCGACUGACUUCUGGAAUCUGACCAUGGAAGGCUUGAAUGUCAGAGCUUAUACGUCUCAGUUCAAUAAUCUGGCUAGGUUGGUUGCUCGGAUGGUCAAUCCUGAUUACGUUAAGAUAGUAAGGUAUAUUUGGGGGCUAGCACCACAAAUUCGCAGUAUGGUCAUAUCAGCGAAACCCACUACCUAUGUGAAAGCUACUACUCUGGCGAAAUCAUUAGCUGCUGAUGCUACUCACAAAAGUAGCCUUAACGAAAAGGAUGAGACUGGGAAGUCGUCGAGAAAAGCCAAAGCAGACGGGAAAUCUGAUCGAUCGGAGCGUUCAGAUCCUAGAUCUGGAGAUUGGCGGAAGCGGAAGUCUGAGAGUUCGAAGUUGGAUUCCGAUGUGAAGGGUGAGAAGAAACGCGGUUCAGGGAAAGCAUAUGUGGCUAACUCUAGUGGUUCAGGAAAGGAUAUGGCUAGGGAUGGCAAGGGUGGUUCAAUAAAAAGAGCUCGGGGUGAUGAGCAAGGAAAGUUCGCCAGAUGUGGUCGAUCUGGGCAUAUUACUCGCGAGUUCUAUGUUAAGAGUACAUCAGAGGGAGUUAAGCUUGAGGGAUGCUAUGAAUGUGGAGAGCAGGGACACUUCAAGAGAAACUGA